AUGGAUGGAUGGAGCAGAAUGCCUCGCUGGGGACUCCUGCUGGUGCUCUGGGGCUCCUGCAUCUUCAGUAGCCCCGCCGACACUGGCGCCUUCAGACGGAUCUUCCUCAAGAAAAUGCCCUCAGUCCGGGAAAGCCUGAAGGAGCGCGGUGUGGAUGUGGCCAGGUUCGGGGCUGAGGGGAGCCAGUUUCCCAAGAGACUCUCCUUCGGCAACAGCACCUCCCCUGUGGUCCUCACCAACUACCUGGAUACCCAGUACUAUGGCGAGAUUGGCAUUGGCACUCCACCCCAGACCUUCAAAGUCAUCUUUGACACGGGAUCAGCCAACCUCUGGGUGCCCUCCACCAAGUGCAGCCCUCUCUACACAGCCUGUGAGAUCCACAGCCUCUACGACUCGUCAGAGUCCUCCAGCUACAUGGAAAAUGGGACGGAGUUCACCAUCUACUAUGGAUCCGGAAGGGUCAAAGGCUUCCUGAGCGAAGACGUGGUGACUGUGGGCGGAGUCACGGUGACACAGACGUUUGGAGAGGUCACAGAGUUGCCCCUGAUCCCCUUCAUGCUGGCCAAGUUUGAUGGGGUUCUGGGCAUGGGCUUCCCUGCACAGGCCGUUGGCGGCGUCACCCCCGUCUUUGACCACAUCCUUUCCCAGAGGGUGCUAAAGGAGGAUGUCUUCUCUGUCUACUACAGCAGAAAUUCCAAGAAUUCCCACUUGCUGGGGGGAGAGAUUGUGCUGGGAGGCAGCGACCCCCAGUAUUACCAAGGCAAUUUCCACUACGUGAGCAUCAGCAAGACUGGCUCCUGGCAAAUCAAAAUGAAAGGGGUGUCUGUGAGGUCGGCCACCUUGCUCUGCGCCGAGGGCUGCAUGGUGGUGGUGGAUACUGGCGCCUCCUACAUCUCAGGUCCCACCAGCUCCAUGAGGCUGCUCAUGGAGACCCUGGGGGCCAAGGAGCUGAGCACAGAUGAAUAUGUCGUGAACUGUAACCAGGUGCCCACACUCCCUGAUAUCUCCUUCCACCUCGGAGGCAGAGCCUACACACUCACCAGUGCGGACUACAUAUUACAGGACCCCUACAGUGAUGAUGACCUGUGCACACUGGCCCUCCAUGGUCUGGAUGUCCCACCGCCCACUGGGCCUGUCUGGGUCCUAGGCGCCAGCUUCAUUCGCAAGUUCUACACGGAGUUUGAUCGGCGUAACAAUCGCAUUGGCUUUGCCUUGGCCCACUGA